AUGGGAGUAGGAGAAUGGGAGGAGAGGAGAAUGGGAGGAGAGGAGAAUGGGAGGAUAAUGGGAGUAGAGAAGAAUGGGAGUAUGGGUUCAGGGCAUGGGAGGGCAUGGGAGCAUGGGAGAAUGGGAGCAGAGGAGUAUGGGAGCAGAGGAGAAUGGGAGCAGAGGAGAAUGGGAGCAGAGGAGAAUGGGAGCAGAGGAGUAUGGGACCAGAGGAGAAUGGGAGUAGAGGAGAAUGGGAGUAGGAGAAUGGGAGGAGAGGAGAAUGGGAGGAUAAUGGGAGUAGAGAAGAAUGGGAGGCAUGGGAGGGCAUGGGAGCAUGGGAGAAUGGGAGCAGGAGAAUGGGAGGAGAGGAGAAUGGGAGGAGAGGAGAAUGGGAGUAGAGGAGAAUGGGAGGAGAGGAGAAUGGGAGGAGAGGAGAAUAUGAGGCGAAUGGGAGAAGAGAAGAAUGGGAGUAUGGGUUCAGGGCAUGGGAGGGCAUGGGAGCAUGGGAGAAUGGGAGCAGGAGAAUGGGAGGAGAGGAGAAUGGGAGUAGAGGAGAAUGGGAGUAGAGGAGAAUGGGAGGAGAGGAGAAUAAGACAUAGGCGAACGGGAAUGUGGGCAUGGGUGAAUGUGAGCGUGUGGGGAUGGGAGCAUAGCGGAGCGAAGGAGAAUGGGAGCUGGGGGGGUAUAGGAGGAUAG